GUCGGGUUUUAAUGCCUGGCACUUCUCCCUGGUCGUUGUUGCCCUUGCAAUCCAAUGAACGAACAACAUCGCAAGAGCCCCGCUUCCGUGCCCCGGUCGCUUGUUCAUUUCAAUUUGUUUCUUCCCGCGGUUUCCUGCACUUUCGCUUCACCAAUCCGCGCUCUCGCUGCUCCUACCGCACCGCCGGUCUGCAUACCCACGCCCUGUCACAUUCGAGCAAGCUGAGCUGGCAGAGACAACUCGUGUCUCUCAUAGGCCAGGCCUCGCUGACCGCAUGCCUGUCUCGCGCACACCGCUUCUGGCUCCUGCUUCCUGUUGACGGAUGUUGUGG